UCAUACGCUGAAUUAAUUCGACACACAUUUUUGUGCAAACGCUAAACAAAAGAGCCAAAGGAAGAGAGCACCUUACCAUCUGUAGUCUUCAUGUAGUUUUUGUGUGAAAUGUUUGUGGCGACUUUAUCCGAACAUGAGCAGAGAGGAUUGGCCGAGAAGUUGACAACCCUCCUGUCAAUCUACAGACAUAUAUCGGACUCCUACAUUAUAGAGUUUUUCAGUGAGAAUUUGUGGGACACUCUACCUGUGAGCUGGCAAAAAGCCCUCGGUGAUCUUACACCACCACUGAUCGCAGACCUGCUACUGGAUAAAGAGAUAAAGGACCGGCGUUACCCAUCUGUGUGGCCUUUGUCCUUACUGGCACUGCGAACGGCAGCACAUGCACUGUCAUUUCCACGUAAAGCACCAGGUGGACACCAAGAGGAUCCAGGUGCACAGAUGUGGGAUGAGUUUCAGUGUAACCAGAGUCAAAGCUCUUUGUUAGGACAUAUUUUCCGUAAACACGUUAAACCCAAGAAGCAGCAUGAAAUCCGUCGACUUGGAAAGCUGGUUAAGGAGUUGUGUGACCAAGCUAACUGUAACAGUGUGGUUGAUGUCGGGUCUGGACAGGGCCAUUUGACACGUUUUCUGUCUUUUGGACUUGGCCUACAUGUCGCUGGAAUUGAGGCUGACCCUGACCUGGUUUCCAUGGCCACCAAAUUUGAUAAACAGCUCUUAUUGACACUGGCCAAAGAGAGUCAAAAGUCAGAAAAAUCUCCAUGUUCUGAACCUGGUCCCACUCCUCGCCAUGUGGUAGGCUGGGUCGACCCAAAAGCAUCAUGGGAAUUUUUUAUCAAACAGCUUGAUAUCACAGAAAAUAAUGAACACAACACUUGGCGGUAUAAAAAGAAACUGGUAUCAAUGCCAUCAGAACUAAAGCUCGAAGUUGAGCAGAAUACUUCCCGAACCAAUGCAGAGGAGUUACAAACUACACGUCCAGCUGACACGCAUUUUUCUGAUUCUGUAUCCCAAAUAAACACUCUGGUUUUUCCAUCUGGAGUAAAACCUAAAAACAUGUGCAGUUUUGCCAGUGAAUCACCUGUUAACAUCUCACCUUUUAUUGGGCCUGAAGUGACAAUCCCAGAUGGUGCAGAACAAUCAAAUAACUUUGUCCUUACUGGGCUUCAUGCCUGUGGAGAUCUUAGUUCUACGCUUCUUCGCCAUUUCGCAAACUGCCCCCACGUUCAGGUCAUCACUUCUGUUGCCUGCUGCUAUAUGAAAAUCUCAACCCAGGAGAACCCAAACCCUCCUGGGGUGAUACAACCCCAAGCCUCACACGUCCCAAUAGAGCGUUCAGAAUUUGGUUAUCCAAUGAGUGACUGGGUACAUGGGUUACCAGGGCACCAGUUGUCCUACAAGGCACGAGAGGGGGCUUGUCAUGCAAUAGAGGACUAUCUCCACAGGCUGAGAGAGGAGAGCGGUCUGCUUCGGACACAUUGCUACAGAGCUGUUUUAGAAACCAUCAUCAGAGAGGCGAGACCCCAAUUACGCAGGCCAGGAGUUCAGACUGUUAAGAAAGCCCAUGCAUUAUCGUUUUCAGAGUAUGCUCGCAUGGCAUUGCCACGGGUGGGUUUACCCAUUGAUCUCCCCUUUAACCCUGACUGUGUGGAUGCAAUGCUAGCACAGCAGGGCCGUGUUGUGGCAUACUUCAGCCUUGUUUUACUGCUUGCACCUGUGGUGGAGACUCUCGUGUUAUUGGACAGAAUGAUUUUCCUGCAGGAGAGGGGUUUUCAGAGUAAACUGAUACCACUCUUUGAUGCCGUUUUGUCCCCAAGAAACCUGGUGCUAGUUGCCGUAAAGCCCACAGCAACACAGAGCUGAAUUGAGUUUCAUGCACUUUAAAAAAAAAAAAAGAACGAUUUCAAAUCAGAACCACUGAAUUUAAUGUGUUGUGAAAGAUUGCUUGCUUUAAAAGAUAUCUUCACAUAAGCCACAUGAAGUUUAAUUGCUAAAAUGAGGUCUGAAUUAGAGUUUUCAUUUUCCCAAAAUGAACUACUCUGGUUCAUUGUUCUUAUGAUGUAAUUCUGUUUUUUAGCACUUGGAUUAUUUAUUAAAAACAGCUAUGUUACAGUCAAAAUGUAUUGCUUUAAAAUGUUUAAUACUUUACAGACAUUUGCUCAAAUGCAUAUUUAAUACAUGCAUAAACUUUCAUAACUCAGUAAAGGUUUAGACAAGGUUGCAUCAGCCACUUCGUAGUUAAUGAAAGGAAGCUUGUAGUUCCUGUUUUAACCUCUAGAUGACGCCCUUAACACAAUAUCAGGUCAACCUCCAAUAAAGCAUUGCAAAAGAG